AUGACAAACUGGGAGAGGUGUGCUGAGGGAUUUGAGGGGCUUGAUGUGGAAGAAAGAAGGGUAAAGCGUGCAAAAGAGAGAUCUGGAAGCCAUAGAUUAUAUAAGGAUGACCUGCAACAGGUGCUUUCUGAGGAGGAAGAUCAAAUUGAAGAUAGCAUAACCUGGACAUCCAGCGAGGAAGAGACUGAGGAUAUACAGAUGUCAACAGUUAAAAACAGACAUAGAAAGGUAGCUAAAACCGUCAAAGGUCAGAAGGCGGCUACUCAGAGACAGAGAGGACAGCCUGCUCAUUACCUAGAAGAUGUCAGUGUCAUCAGUGAGUCAGAUUCUAACUCCAACAUGGAGGAUUUCAUGAAGAAUACAUCUGAAGGUAUUGAGCUUGACAUAGAAUCUGAAGAUUCAAGGUCCUCUAUUCCCACCAAUGAGAAAUCCCAAAAUUUAUCUCAGUCAAAGAAUGAAACAAAGGUUAUUUGCUACUCUCCAUGUAUUAGUGAACUGACAAGUAUUUCUCCAUCAACGAGUCAAUCACAGAGUCCUGAUAAAAAUUCAAAGGUCAAAGCUAGUCAGUGGAUUAAGAUGCUGGAUUUAAAGACGCCUACAAAGAACUCUCAAGAUGCUCCCUUCACUGAGUUAGAGGACUCUGCAAAGAAGAGGAAGAAAUACCAAAAAGGAAGUUUAGCUGACCAGUUGUUUAAUCUUAAAGGAAGAGAAAGAUCAAUGAUCAGCAUGUUCAAACAUCAAAAGUCUACAACAGUAUCACCCAAAUUACAGUCAGAGGACACACCAGUUAAGUCCCUGACCCUGAGGAUUACACGCCUGGAAUCCUUGUUUUCUGUAAGGCUGGCUCACUGUGUCCAGCAGGAGUCUGGAGUCAUGGUUGGCAAGGAACAAACAGCCCUGUUUCUACAAGAUCAAUCGUUACAGGAAGGAAAUGUGGUUCGUGUGUUUGCUCCAUGGCAACAGAUAAGAUUAAAACAAUCUUCUCAACAUGUUCUUCUGUGCUCUAAUUACUGUAUCAUGUCAGAUGAGGGGCCAGUUAAUACACUAAUGUCAGAGACAGGUAACACAGACAGACCUCGAGACAAGAAGUCCAACCAUAACCUCACAGAGGUAUCGGCUGUUUGGAAGUGCCCUUGUGUCCUAGGUCUUGUGAAAAGUUCCUUUGCCUGUCCAGCUCACCUGAGUCCGGGAAUUCCAGGCUUGUAUGUUAACAAGUUAGACAAGGAAUCUGAACUGGAAAAUGAUGAGCAGUUAUCUGCCCUUGACACAAUCCAAGCCACACAGGGUCCCUCCCGUAAGGACAGACUGACCAAGUCCUCCAUUCUAGAGUGGGUGGAUUGUCAUGACCCUAGUGCUAGAUUCUCUGGAAGAAUCCUCAGAGUGUUUUGUUUCAAUAGAAGAGUUCCAUCCAAUGAGAAAAGAUACUCACUGUUGAUAGAAGAUAGCCAUGGUACUAUGUGUCAAGUAUUUUGUCCAGAGAAUUUUGAGGUACACUUCCCAUCCGUAUUGAAAAGUGGAGAAGGGCAACUUCAUGUGUUUGGUGGACUCACUGUCCAAUAUAGGGCCACAAGAGACAGGGAGCCUGGGUUGUUUUCUAUGAUUGACAGUGUAUGGAGUGGUGGAUUUAUGUCCAAACGUGCAGGCAGUCAGAACACCAGGGGAUUUAUAAUGUAUGCUAUUUUUAUCUCUUUUUCACAGCUCUUCAGAACUUCAGCCCCGGGGUUCUGUUAUUUCAUGAAAGAAGCAGAGAAUGGCGAGGGAAUAAACAUUGAAGCAAAUGGAGUUGACAACCCAAUCUCAAAAGAAAAGACAAUUAGGCUGGCAGAUCUUGAUCAAGUAGAAGAAAUAAGAAGAGUGUCGUUUUGCUGUCAAGUACUUUUCCAGAUAGAAAUGGGAGAUGUUAAGGAUAGCGUGCCUUUAUCAGACAGUAGAAGAUCCCACAAUUCUAUCCUUUAUGUUAGAGAUCAGAGUCUGACCAAUCACAGAUAUAUCACCAUGACAACCACUGCAGAGUGUUCAUUGCCUUUGUUGACCCAUUUGAAAAACAGAACCUGGAAGUUUAGGGAUGUUGCAUGUCAGUCAGGCAAACUGACCUGCGAUUUGUACAGUUGUAUCAUUACACAGACCCAGGAACCCUUGGAGAGUUCAUGUGACCUUGACCUCAAACCCAUUCAUCCAGGGUUAACCACAUUUGAUCUCUGUACUGUGUCUGGAAGUGUCUGUGAUGUAGAUGAGAACUCAGCCUAUACCUGGGAUGUGUGUGACAAAUGCCAGCAAGAAAACUUGGCACAGGAUUCCAGUAGCAGACAACUUGUGUGUCUAACCUGUCAGAGGGCCGUGAAGGAGCCAUUAACAAGAAUGAAACUGAAAGUUUAUCUAUCUGUGACAUCAUCCCACAAUAUGAUGUCAUCAGAUUAUCCAGAAAUGAAGGUGUCUGUAGAGUUGCAUCAGUCUAGUAUAGAGAAAAUUCUACCUGACUCUGACGAGGCAGAUGAGGGCUAUGAUAUUUCCUCAGUACUGGGCAGACAUGUUGGACCUUUGAAUUGUGUGGUGCUAGAGUCCAAUCAAGGAAAGGCUACCUUUGAAAUGACUGUAAAAGAAAUUAAUUUAGAUUUGCAGGAGCCUUAAGUUAUGUAUGUAUUUUAAACAAAUCUUGUAGUUAAACAUCGUGCAUUUAUAUAAUAGACCUUUUAUCUGAUAUACUUAGUGUUGGUAUAUUUGUUAAAGCCUUCUUUCAUUUUCUUUGAUAAGGAAGGCAAUGGAAUAUUUUAUGUACAUGUAAAUUAAGCAAAUAAAAAGGGCAUUCUA